AUGGAAACCUCGCAAUCUCUAGCCACUGAUAGUUUCUCCUACAGUUGGUUAUCCGACCGUAAACCCUCCUUAGAUGGCCUCCAUGAAGAUUCCUUUAGCAACUGUUGUGAAGAUUCAAAUAGAUUUCUCAUAGACCACAACUUCAAGUUCGAGUCCAUUGCUCCAACUCCUCAACCUUUUGUUCAUGCCGAUGAGCUUUUCACCAAUGGCUUCAUCAGACCUGCUUAUAUUGAUCCUUCGAAGGGAGAUUCAUGCACCACCUUAGAUUCCAUUGAAACCCCACCCUUUUCUUCGAGAACUGACCGAAUCCCCAUGGAGGGGAGGAUUCAUUGCAGCUUUCUUGGAAAAUACAGGAGAUCAACAAAGAAAAUGUUGAGAAAUCUUUUUGAGAAUCUGAGACCUUUGUGCCAUAAGCUAGGGUGCUUUAGAAAAAGUACCGGGGUUGAUGAUAUUGAGAGGAGUAUAAUGUGGAGAACUAAGAGCCGGAACGGUGCACCACUAGGGUCUACGCAACGGAUCACAGCUUGUAGCACUUCAAUGGGGGGCGAUUCAUGUUAUCUUGAGAACCCUAUUUAUGAGGCCGUUCUCCAUUGCAAAAGAUCAAUAGGAAAAUAAUUCAUCCAUGCUCUCAUAUGAGGAAAAGAUAGAGAAGUUGAAGAGAUGCAUGGUGGAAGCUGAUGAAGAAGAGUCAAUUUGUUCUAGGAUAUUAAACGACAGAAAAUAUUAUUUCUUAAACUAUCGAGAUUAAACUAAUGGAGUAUCAUACUUCUCUGUUUUGUUCUUCACUGUGUCAUUUGUUGUGGCCCAUGCUGUGUGAGACAUGGUUAUUGAUGGGAUUAUAUGGAAGUUUUCUUUGAAACUUCGAAGAUAUCUGUUGACAGGUUAGAUCGUCUGGCAAAUUAUAGCAUUACGUGUUUGAAUACCUUGUGAUUAUAAUCAAUAAUGUUAAUCGUGGCCUC